ACCUGUAUUGUAUUUGUAUUUUGUAUGCAAUUGCGAAAAAGAUACUUGUAUAUACGUGCGUUUAUAUAUUUAUAUAAAGUGAAAAGCUAGCCCAUAUAAUCUCCCAUUUCAUUCUUCCUCCUACCUCCUCCUUCCUCUCGCUGUUCUCUCUUUCCAACAAAAACGCUCGCACGAAAAGGAAACAAUAAAAAAGCUCUCCUCUCUGUCGCUCUCUGUUACUAUCAAUGCCUGCGCAGAAGCGUUCUCUGUCAGAGAAUCUGGACGAUGAAGAGCCUCAUCACCAGCUUACCAAGCAAUCUCGGUCCGAACCAGAAGACGAAGAUGAUGUAGAAAAAGAAGGAGAAGGAGAAGAAGGAGAAGAGCAAGACGAAGAAAAAGAAGUCGAUGAAGAAGAUGAAGAAGAAGUGGGUGGAGGAGGAGGAGGAGAAGAAGACGAAGAAGCGGAAGAAGAAGAAGAAGACGAAGAAGAAGAAGAAGAAGAAGAGGAAGGAGAUGAUGAUGAAGCGGAGGUUAAACAACCUCAUCAACAACAAAUGCUACAUCAACAAAAAGAAGAAGAUAAUGAAGAUGAAGCAGAAGAUUCUGAGGGCAGCCCAUCUUCUGUCUCCCAAGAAAAACCCGAAGCAGAAUGCAUAGUAGGAAGCGCCUGGCUUUUGACUAUAUCAGUCUUGGAAAUAUAUGCAUUUUAUUGUGGUGAUGACAACAUGAUACAAGAAAGAAAUGUAGGAGGAAGAUUUGUUUUUGUACGACUGACAGACAUUCGUAAAGAUGUACAGUGUCCUAUCUGUCUUGGGAUUAUUAAAAAAACCCGAACUGUAAUGGAAUGCCUUCAUCGCUUUUGCCGGGAAUGCAUUGACAAAUCAAUGCGAAUGGGGAAUAAUGAGUGUCCUGCUUGCCGCACACAUUGUGCCAGUAGACGCUCUUUGAGAGAUGAUCCAAACUAUGAUGCCCUAAUUGCAGCCCUAUAUCCAGAUAUUGAUAAGUAUGAGGCAGAGGAAUUGGCAUUUCAUGAAGAGGAGAGGACACGUAAUAAGCAGAUUCAAGCGUCAAUUGCCCAAAUUUUUCAACGACAAUCAGAAGCUUUAGUUAAGAGACGCACAGGUAAAGAUACAGCAGGUCCAUUUAUGACAAGAUUGCAGCGCAGUAGUCGGAUUGCUCAUUCAAGGAGACGAAACUGCCGAGGCAUUGAACUUCAAGGAUCUGAGGAUAAUGAAGAUGAAAAUGAUAACAAGGAUUCAUCCUCAGCUGAUGAACGAUGUACAGAGGUCAGGCAAAAAAGGCGCAAGAGACGGGCAGGAAUCAGGUCAUCCCUGCCUUCCUCAUCAGCAGCCAAUUCAGAUGUUGGAUGCGCUGAAAAUGAUUUAGAUGUCAGCAGAGAAAACAGAGGAAUAUCUCCUGGGCUUGUUUGGAACUCUGAAAUGCUUGCUUGGGGCCGGGCUGGUACCCGGAGUCACACAAGGUAUGGGAAUGCUAGCAGCUGCAGCAGGAGUGCCCAAAACGCCCGCUUGUCCAAGUUGGUUGAUUAUCUCCGGAGCUUAGAGGAGAACAACGAUGAGUCAGAUGUUCAUCUCAUGCUUAUUUCCCUGGACAAGGAAACGCCAAGUUUGCAGCACCCACACCUUUGCUGUCGGCCAAGUUUGUCUGUUAAACACCUAUGUGAAUACAUUGCUCACCGGACGCCUUUAAAAGCUGACGACAUUGAAAUAUGGGCCCUAAAAGGGCAAGACACUUUGGGUGGGUUUAAAUCCAAUGGCAUUUUGGAAAAUGCAGAUGAUCUAGAUCCUGUGCCCAUGCUGGUUGAUCCACGUAAGGACCAGCUACAACUUCUGCAACAGCACGAAAAUUUGGGAAGGCUUAAAGCCACAUACAUUUCCAGCAUGAACCAUUUGAUUUUAGCGUACCGGCCAAAGCAGACUGGUUAAUUUUACAAGACUUGCCAACGUUCUAGAAUCGUAGAAGUUCAUCACAUUUGCUGUUGAUAAGAGAGCUAGUAGUAGAUGAUAGUCAUAGAGAUGAAUUGAAGCAUUUUUCCAGUUGCAUUGUUGAUAAUGUAAAUCUAUCCCGAUUAAUAAUUUUAAGAAAUCAACACAGAACAGCUUGCUGCACCUUUAUUAUACAGUUUUUUUUUUUGUUUUUUGAGGUUUCAUUUGAUGGUUGCGAGAUGUUUUAUUGUAUACGCGUGCUUGUGUAUUGAUGCCAUUUGACAUACUUUUGAGA